AGUGAAUGCAAACAAAGUAAUGCAGAGAUAUCAACGUAGUGUUGCUGCUAUGCCAGCAGUUCCCCCUACACCUAUGCAGCUAAAAAAAUGUCUUCAAGAAAAAGCAAGUUUUAUAAUUUUGGCUAAAAACUGCAAAAUCAUGAAAAUCUUGAUGUGCGUUUUUGCUGAAAUUAAUGAAUGUGGCCAACACGAAUUUAUUUCGGGUUUUGUGCUUGAUUGCACUAAAAAUAAGUGCAAAUAACAUCCACCAAAACAUAGCCCAGUAGAAUAAUAUCUGCUCAAAUGAAAGAUGAAUAUUUUCAAGAAAACAUCCAAUAUUGGAGUAUAUCAAACAUUUGUUUUUUUUUUUUAUUUGAGAACAAUCUGAGAGAGGAAAUGAAAAUGCAGUUUGGCAGGACAUUCAUAAAAUAAAUAUUGUACAUUCUUCUUUUGAAAUUGGUAAUGUUACCUAUUAUUGUGUACGUAAAAUUGUGAAUGACAAUGUUCAACUGUAAGCUUUGCUGUUUUAAAUGCGAACGCCGGAAGUAACUAUACAUUUUUUUUUGCCCUGUCGCCAUUUUGUCUGACGUCACUAUGAAAAGGGUCCAUUUGAAUGUAAUGUUUUUCAUUGUUUUAAUUUAAAGAUAUAUUUUUACAAGAGUAAUUUUUAAAUGACAUUUAAAUUUAGGUAGAAUAAUUAUUAUGAAUCGUGAAUAAUUAAAUUACAUUUUUUUUGGCCGGAAAUUGUUCUUAUGUUUCCCGGAAGUUAGCUCAUUUUAGCGUGUGUGCUCCUGGAGACGGCUGUGUUUUGGAUUCUCCGCUGAAUAUAGUUGCAGCUACAGCAACGAUGUCUUCCGUUCAUUCUCUGAAAGAGUUUAUCAGCGAGCGACUAACUGCUGCUGCUGAAGAAAUAUUCAGACAGUUCGAAAAAACCAUCGUCCAGUAUGAGGAAGAGAUGGAGCGUCAGCGCAGACUGCUGGAUAGAAGCCUGAAUAGAAACACAAACACAGCAGACCUCCAUCAAAAACACACGAGGAAGCAGAAUGUCGCUGACCAGCAGCAGCUCUUUAACCAAAAGAGGAGCUGCAGCCAGAACCAGAAGGAAGCAGAACCUCCACAGAUCACAGAACAGCAGCAGGAAGCAGAAUUACCGUCGAUGACAGAGGAGCAGGAGGAAACAAAAACAGAGCUCCCACAGCUUUCCUUUUGUAAAGAGGAGGAGCUUCUUCCUGAGGAGCAUCUCUCUCAGUCUCCACACAUCAAAGAGGAACAGGAAGAUCUCUGUGCAGAAGAGGAAUUUGGUCAGCCAGAACUGAAGCAGGAGUCUGAAACCUUCAUGUUGUCUUCAUCCUCUGAGGAAAGAGACCUUCAUGCAGCAGAACCAACUUCUGAGCAGCUGCUCUCUGAGAGCCAAGAUCACCUGCAAGUCAAGCUGGAAGACUUUGAAUCGACUGAAGCUGCAGAAAUACAGAGAACUGUCUGCUGGAACAUAAAUGUAGAAGAGUCUCCUCUGUCAGAGACAGGUGCAGGUGAGAGGUCUGCAUGGAGGAGUCCCAGCAGGACCAUGACUCAUUUCUCCACAAUGAGAAGAUACAGAGGUUUUCGUAAAGGGGAACCAGCUGACAAUCCCACUUCUUGUAAAAUCUGUGGGAAGAACUUCAGUCAGCGUGGGAACCUGAAAGUUCACAUGAGAAUCCACACGGGUGAAAAACCCUACUCAUGCCAGUUAUGUGGAAAGCAGUUUGUUCAAAGCAGUAACUUGUUGCGCCACAUGAGGACUCACACUGGAGAGAGGCCGUUUCCUUGCCCCAUCUGUGGCAAGAGUUUUAGUCACAAAGGGGACAUGUUGCGGCACUUUCGAAUUCACACUGGCGAGAGGCCGUAUUCUUGCAAAGUCUGCAAGAAAACCUUCAGCCAGAGCGGUCAGGUUGCAUGUCACAUGAGAAUCCACACCGAGCAGAAACCAUUUUUCUGUGAGAGCUAAGGGGGAGGAGUCAUUCCAUGUAGUAACUUAACCCUCUGUAUGAGAAGGACAGAAGACUUAUUCUUGUAAAAUGUGUGACCAGACGUUUGUUUGUCCCAUUGAGAGCUAAACGGAGAGAUUUCAAAGCUCCAGGUUCCAGUAUUGCCGCUCAUUGGACUGUUGGUUCUGAUUGUCGUUUGACUCAAGUGGGUUUCUGUGGGAGCAAAACUCAACGAUCCAACUGCAGCUGUUCAGAAGUAGAUUUAUGCUGCAUUCACACCAGAUGUGAUUCACUCAGCAGGGGCGUCGAGUGUUAUUGUUAAGUUGACGUUCAGAUGUGAUCUAAGGUCCUAAGGCAGGAUUUUGCCAUUGGGUGCCGCACAAUUUGGGUGGCAGACGCGGCGAGGGACGGCUUUGGGCAUGUGGUGUUUUCAGUGACUCGAUUUUCGGGUUAAAAAAAAUAAUCCAAUAUGCCCACUCGAUGUGAGGAUUUUCGUCCUGAACUUCCAUCAUCCAGAUUAUUUCUUAACCCACUGGAACCACAGGGUUGCCGGAGACUGUUACUGUUACUUUUGAGUGAAGGCGGGAUACAACCUGGACAGGUCACCAGCCUGCCACGGAGCGAAAGGGGCUGGAACGAGUUGCGUUAUCCAUCUGCCCAGUGGACAGUGUAGGGAACGCCGCCACCCAGUGUCCAGGUGUGCUCUGCCAGAUUCCGGGUGGCGGCGCUUUCUAUACUGGCCCGCGGGAUGUUGGCUGCCCGGAGAUGGACAGCCACCGCAAGUGCCGUGGUAGCGGGCGCGAUCACUCGAGCUCCAUGGUCUUAUGAUAUUUUUUCUUAUCUUUAUCAAGUCAAAAAUAAAAAGAUCCUCCAUUUUUAUUUUUAUUUCCCCCUCUCGGGUUAAGUUACGUUUCUAACGGCCGUCAGGAGUAAAGUACACCGCACAGGAAGAGACUCUAAAUGAUCUGGUUAACCUAAACACAAGUUUGCAAAACAUAUGAACCCAAGAUACUCGCUCAUCAUCAUCCAUGAUGUGGCAGCUGAAGGAAGUCCGUAAAAACUUGGGCGGUUGCUCCAUGGCGUCAGGGCUUUAGGCCAAGCGCUGAGCAGUAAUUUUGACAGAAGAGAGGCGGAAAAUGCGAAUUUGACACUUGAAUUGCGUCCUGUAUGAAUGCAGCAUAGCUGUCUUUUAAUUAUGAUUUUAUCUUGUCUUCCUUUCAGAGAAAUGUUUCAGGUUGUUUGAACCUAACAAUUACACAGAACCCAGUACAUAAAGUCUUUCUAACUGUAGAUCUGAUAAAACUGAUGUUUCAGACUCUGUUAAAGACACCCUUUGAGGGUUCUUGUUUUUCCCUCCCAUCAAUCUCAAUUUAGUCACAAGCCCCUCCCCCCGAUCUAGCUUCAGAAUGAAGUCUGGUAGCGAUUGAUUAUUACUUUUCUUUAGUUACUCUGAACCCUUUGAUAAUUUUAGUAGUCCGUAAACUCCCAAACAUCAAAGUAAGUAAAGAGCCUGAUUGGCCAGGCUUUUACGUCAAACUUUAGUUUGUUCCUGCAUUGGGUUACAAAGGAUCUUCUUGUCUCUAACAAUAGAUUUCUACAAAUUAUUCUUUAGUUUUAUUCCAAUACUUAGUUGAAAACUCUUUUUUUUUUUAAGUUUUUAUUUUUUUUUACACUUUUCAGUUUUAAGAUCUUGCUGGAAAAAAUGAAUCUCAUGUCAAAUCAACUCGUUAGGUCUUAACAGUGUUCUAAGAGGUUCUGGACUGAAACCAGAGAGAUGAUCCAUAGUUUUCUACCUAAAAUGAAUAAAGGCAUCUGCUUUUGGAUCUUUAAAGCCUUUGAGAAGCUUUACGCAGUAAAAAAAAAAUAGCACCAGUUUUAGAGCAGAUGUUGCCUCUAAGCUAUUUGAUAUGUUGCAGUUUCUGUUGUUGAGAAUCUGCGAUGUCACCAAAAACAAUGAUGUGGAACCAGGAGGAGGUCUAAAAAAAAAAAAAAAACAGAACUCCCUUCAGAAAAUUCAGUGUUUGCUGACAUAAGAUGCCUUAGAAUACAAAUCUGACAUGAUAAAUGUUUGAUGUGUAAUGAGAUUCAAUAUUUCAGUUUCACUUGUUGGCGUUUAUAAAGUCAUCACAGUGACUUCAUGUCUUUGCUGCACCAUCCAAAAACUUUACUGUUUUUCCAUCCCUGACCACUGCAAACACACCAAAACUCUGUUUACUGUUUUAAACUUUUUCUAUCUCUAAGUUUAUGAGCUGUGUUAACUCUAAAAUGAUGAAA